AUGAGCACUCCUACAUCUAUCGUCUCAGUCUUUCUCUGCGCAUCAUUUCUGUGGACAUUGUACCUCAUCUUCGAUGUCCGCCGUUGGCCAAACCCACCCUCGAAGCUCCGUAAACUUGGUCUUCUCUGCCACAACAUCCCAGCCGUUUUCUUGCUGACCAAUACCACCACUGCUCAAUCGGUUCAAGACACUGCGUUGGUGUGGUUCACGGCCACUAUGAUUUUUCGUUAUUGGCGUGAGCUGGUAGCAAUCUGGUUCUGGUUCCAGUAUGAGCUAGCUGUCAUCGCGGCUGAGCCCAACACCACUGCGCAAGACUGUUCUGUCAUCGUGCCGACAUUCGGUCCAGCCGACAACAAGUUUUGCGAGGAGAUGGUUACGGCUAUUCUUGUCAAUCACCCUGCUCGAAUCGUCUUCUCUACUAACACUGUUUCGGCAGCUGAGCAGGUCGAUACCGCCUUACUACAUAUUCCGGCGGAUUUCCAAGCAGGCGCCAGUACUUAUCAGGUUGAGCACGAUCUUGGUCCGUUGAAGGUUGUACACGCCUUCUCUAACGUAGACACCGACAUCCUCGUCAUGGUUGACGAUACGGCGAUUAGGCAGCCAUGUUUUCUCCAGGCCACACUUCCAGCGUUCGAAUCGAAGCAGGUGGGUUUUGUAGGUACGCGCAAAUGGGUCAAGCACCUUUCUCAUCCUCGCGAUCCUCCUGCAAAUUUCUUCGUUGGUCUCUGGAAACAGUACGUUGUUGGCUUCUGGAACACCAUUGGAGGCCUUUAUCUGAACCCUAGCUUCGAACACGCGUUCCUCACCGGGUACGUCCUCCGCUUCGGCGACUUCUUUCCUGGUUGGGGCCUGGUACCAGCCGACGAUGACAACUUCAUCACCCGUUGGGUGAUCAAUCAUGAGUGGCAGGUCAAGAUCCAGUCAUCAAAGGACGCAACUAUGACGACCAGUUUCGGUACGUACCCGCUGAAGUUUACAAAUCAGUGCCAACGCUGGAGCAGAACCAUAUUCCGCCAGAACCCCAUUGCACUUUUCUCAGACUGUAAUGUCUGGUGGACCUGGCCGCUGACUACUUGGACGACGCUCUUCCCGUGGCUAUACAAUGCUGCGCUCAUUUGGGACAGCCUAGCAGUGUAUAUUCUGACACAGACCGACCUGUAUGCACAGUCAUGUCAUCGUAUGGCUAUGAUGGGCUUGCUCAUCGGCUUCAUCCGGAUUUCAAAGCUCGCGAAGACCAUUCCUUGGUUUUGGGAGUAUCCGGUAGACUUCUUCUUCUUUUUCUUCUUCUUCUACUUUGUGAUUCCAGCAUAUCCAUGCUUCGCUUAA